UCAAAUCAUUGACGCUGUAUUAGAGGCAGUCUCAGUCUUCUUCUGGAAGUGACGACAACCAAAAUCAGUCUCAGUCUUCCUCUUCCCCUUAAUUUCCCUUUCCCUUUUCCCAAGAUAUACAGCCUUCUCUUUCUUUUUCUCUUCCUCUUUCUUCCUUCCUUGACAAGUCCCUCCUUGUCUUCUUUUCUGUAGACAACCAAGGAACUCAAUGUAAAGUAAAUCAGAGCAUAAAGAAAACCAAGGAACAAAGUUAUACUACCCUUUUACAGAUUGGCAUGAUACUCCAUAAAUUAUGUAGGCAGACAUUCCUUACUUCAUAUCGUAACAAAUCUUUAUGCUUUAGCAAUGCACCACGCUAAUUAUUCCAUGCCAGGAAGCCUCCCUGCUAUACUCAGAUCCAUUCUCUAAUAGCCAAGCAACCAAAAGUGCCCAGCAACACUAUAUCACACCUCAUUCCUCUAUGCCUUCACAUCUUUCUGCAUUCAAACACCCAAACGCCAUGAACUCUGCCCUCACGCUUGUCUCUUUCCAGUCUCCCUCUUUCAACCUAAAACAACGCCCACUGUCCCAGCGCCAGCAGAUAAGCGUCGAGUGGGGGGAGAGGCAACAAUAUUCGCCAAAGCCCAGACGAGCGAUACCAGGGCCAAAUGCAACGGGGGGACUCAACAAUGCUGACCGCAGAGGUAAUACCUUACCAUCUUCACCCAUGACACAUGUGAUCCAGGAGUUCUGCUCCUCCCUCAAUGACAAGGACAUCGCACGGCUCAUGGAGCUGAUUGACCCUGAUUGCACCGUCAAGCACACUUCAUAUUAUAAACCACUGGACAUCAAGGAUACUAUUGCAUACUUCGCAAGGCUUAUGGAAGCUAUGAGAAAGAAUGUCAAAUUUGCUAUUGAUGAGGUUUGUCAAGGAGUAGAACCCACUGUUGCUGCAGCAAUAUGGCACCUUGAGUGGAACGGUAAGAUCAUCCCAUUUACCAGAGGCUGCAGCUUCUACAUGUGUUCAGCAAAAGGAGAAGCCCUUCUUAUUAGGAAAGUCCACAUCUUCAACGAGUCACCUGUGAAACCAGUAAAUCUGGCAUUGGACAUACUUCUAUUUGUUACCUUUUUGUUCGACCUACUUCCAAAACAAGCUGAAGAUUUUCUACAGAAUCCAGAAGCACUAGUCCAGUCCUGCGUGAAGUUUUACAAAUUCCUCCUGGAGCCUGUUAUCGUGUACCUUCUUGCAUAUUCUAUCCGCUUCUGGUCAUUUGUUGUGAAGCUUUACAAAUUAUACCUGGAGCCUUGUAUCGUGUAUCUUCUAGCAUAUAAUUUCCGCUUCUGGUCAUUUGUGGCACGAAGACUGGAUACGGUGCUCGACGUGUUGUAUAACAUUUUCAAGCAGUUCAUGUAAGGAACUAAUAUAUAUCCCAGAAAAGUCUACGAAGAAUAGUCACCAUGUGGUUGCAAUCAAUUACCGGCAACAUCACGAGUGAAGGAUCAGAGAAGGACCUAUAAGAACCAGCCACACUUCGGCAAAUGUCGAUGGAUCAGAAUCUUCCACAUGAUGUUUAUUUGUUUCCCAACACUUAUCCUAUCCUUGCCCCUGUGAAGAAGAAAUGAACAUCAUUUCACUCUUAUAAAAUUGCUGUUAGUGCAGGGAUGUAUAAAUAUAACCACAAGAUAUUGCUGUAACAAGUACCCAGAAAUACUACUGUCACAUUCUUAUAUUUUCCUGACAGCAUACAUAAAAUUGUCCCCUAGAAAUUCUGCCC